AGUGUGUGGGCUGGGGUUGGUGCGGGCUUCUAGCUUGGCCGCACUUGGUCCGUGGUUGCGCUCCGGGGGCUUUUGUGUCCGGGGCUGAAUUUGCUUUGUGUCCGGGAGUUUCUGCUCUGCUCCGCGGCGUUCGUCCCGGGCGGGAGCCGAGAGGCUCGGAGGCGGCCGCGCGGCCCCCGGCCAGGAGCUAGCGCGCCGGCGUGAGCGACGGCUGUGAAGGCUGCGGGGAAGGGGAUUCGCAGAUCGCCGAGAUGCCGGAGUUCCUGGAAGACCCCUCGGUCCUGACAAAAGACAAGUUGAAGAGUGAGUUGGUCGCCAACAAUGUGACGCUCCCGGCCGGGGAGCAGCGCAAAGACGUGUACGUACAGCUCUACCUGCAGCACCUCACGGCGCGCAACCGGCCGCCGCUCGCUGCAGGCGCCAACAGCAAGGGGCCGCCGGACUUCUCCAGCGACGAGGAGCGCGAGCCCACCCCAGUCCUCGGCUCCGGGGCCGCCGCUGCGGGCCGCAGUCGAGCCGCCGUCGGCAGGAAAGCCACAAAGAAAACUGAUAAACCCAGACUAGAAGAUAAAGAUGAUCUAGAUGUAACAGAGCUGACUAAUGAAGAUCUUCUGGAUCAGCUUGUGAAAUAUGGAGUGAAUCCUGGUCCUAUUGUGGGAACAACCAGGAAGCUAUAUGAGAAAAAGCUGUUGAAACUUAGGGAACAAGGAGCCGAAUCAAGAUCUUCUACUCCUCUGCCAACAAUUUCUUCGUCAGCAGAAAAUACAAGGCAGAAUGGAAGUAAUGAUUCUGACAGAUACAGCGACAAUGAAGAAGACUCUAAAAUAGAGCUCAAGCUUGAGAAGAGAGAACCACUAAAGGGCAGAGCAAAGACUCCAGUAACACUCAAGCAAAGAAGAGUUGAGCACAAUCAGAGCUAUUCUCAAGUUGGAAUAACUGAGACUGAAUGGACAAGUGGAUCUUCAAAAGGCGGACCUCUGCAGGCAUUAACUAGGGAAUCUACAAGAGGGUCGAGAAGAACUCCAAGGAAAAGGGUGGAAACUUCAGAACAUUUUCGUAUAGAUGGUGCAGUAAUUUCAGAGAGUACUCCCAUAGCUGAAACUAUAAUGGCUUCAAGCAACGAAACUUUAGUUGUCAAUAGGGUGACUGGAAAUUUCAAGCAUGCAACUCCUAUUCUGCCAAUCACUGAAUUCUCAGACAUACCCAGAAGAACACCAAAGAAACCAUUGACAAGAGCUGAAGUGGGAGAAAAAACAGAGGAAAGAAGAGUAGAAAGGGAUAUUCUUAAGGAAAUGUUUCCCUAUGAAGCAUCUACACCAACAGGAAUUAGUGCUAGUUGCCGCAGACCAAUCAAAGGGGCUGCAGGCCGGCCAUUAGAACUCAGUGAUUUCAGGAUGGAGGAAUCUUUUUCAUCUAAAUAUGUUCCUAAGUAUGUUCCCUUGGCAGAUGUCAAGUCUGAAAAGACAAAAAAGGGACGCUCCAUUCCCAUGUGGAUAAAAAUUUUGCUGUUUGUUGUUGUGGCAGUUUUUUUGUUUUUGGUCUAUCAAGCUAUGGAAACCAACCAAGGAAAUCCCUUCUUUAAGUUUCUUCCUAAUAACUCUAUAAAAUCCAACUGAAUGAUAUCUCUUUGGCACACUCAACUUGGUCUCCUGCUUUUAACAACUGUAUUGAAAAACAUUUGUGUACAUUUGUUGACUCCAAGAACUAAAAAUAAUGUGAUUUCACCUCAAUAAAUGUAAUAUUCCAUUGAAAAGCAAACAAAAUAUAUAAAUGGACUUCAUUAAAAUGUUUUUGGACUUUGGACUAGUAGGAGAUCACUUUGUGCCAUAUGAAUCUUUUUUAGCUCUGGAACUUUUUGGUAGGCUUUAUUUUUUUAAUGUGGGCGUCUUAUUUCAUUUUUGAAAAAAAAUGUAUAUUGUUUUUGUGUAUUUUUGAAACAAGGGCAAAACAUGAUAGUAUAAUGUGAAGCUACACAUUUAAAUACUUCGAAUUCUUACAGAAAAGAUUUUAAGAAUUAUUCUCCGCUAAAUAAAAACUUCACAGACGUGAAACAGUGAAAUUUGGUAAGAGAAAAAGUAAUUUGGUUGUACUUUUUGUAACUACAAAAUUUGAUGGUAUUUAGGAGGAAAAGUACAGCAAUAAUCUCUUCUGUAAUUUUAUUAAUAGUAAUGUCAUUGUUUUAGCCCUAUCAUGCUUUUUACAACAUUUCUAGUAUUAUGAAAAUCCUACUUCAGUAAGACCCAUUUAAAUAGUUGAUUUUUAGCAGGGAUCUUUUAGUGCAACAUGUAUGUGUUUUAGAGAACUGUUAGCUGGCUGUACAUGUCUUAAAAGGCUGGCAGCUAGCUAUAAGGCUAUAAUUGGAAAUUUGUACUUUUUAUUUACAGCAAAACGUUUAUUCUGUCAAUCCAGUUUGCUACCAAAAUAUUUUUUAGAUAAGUAUAUGUGUGUUUAGAAGUUAGAAAUUUUAAACACUGGUCUUAUGUUCCAUUUGGAUUCAUUAUUGCAUUGUCUUCUGUUACCAAGAACAAAUUUUGCCAAGUUUUUUUGCCCUGUACUUCCCAGAGUAAUUUGAUUAAAA